UCAGAGGAAAAAGAGAGCGAGCUUCCAUUGUCGCCCUGUCUCAGCCCCUCUCUCUCUCUCUCUCUCUGCCGCCCAAAUUUCUGGUUUCCGCCUCGAGAUUUUUCGUCUCCGAAGAAGAAGAACGGUCGCUGCAACAAUUUUAAGAAGAAGAAGAAGAAGAAUUGAAGGGAUAAAGUUUGCGAGAGAAAGAGGAAGGGGAAGAUGAAGACGACCAAAGGAGGUAAGGUGAUGAACCCUACUGAUGCUUAUCGGAAGGAGCUUCGCAAGAAGGAAUUGAAACGGAAUAAGAAAGAGAGGAAAAAGGUAAGGGAGGUGGGAAUUUUGAAGAAAGAUCCUGAUACAAUAAAGGAGCAAAUUCAAAAGUUGGAAAUAAUGAAGGCCGAUGGCGCACUCGAUAAGGCUAGAAAGCACAAGAAAAGGCAGUUGGAAGAUACUCUUAAUCUUGUAUUAAAGAAGAGGAAGGAAUAUGAAGAGAAGAUGAAGGAAAAGGGUGAGGUCCCAGUUAUGUUCAGUCAUUUGGGACCUCCAAGAAGACGAACAGCUGAAGAGGAAGAAGAGAGAGCGAAACAUCCAAAUCCUGAAGACUCUGUUUACUACCACCCCACACUAAAUCCUACUGGAGCUCCACCACCUGGGAAGCCUCCAAUGUUUAAAUCAUCAAUCGGACCAAGAGCUCCUCUGUCUGAUGCUUCUACAAGUGGUGUUGCAUCAUCCUCAAACAUAGAGCCAGAGGAUGUUCCCUUGGCUGUACCUCCACCUCCCCCACCCCCUCCUUUGCCAGAAUCUGCUAACAUGAGCUCUGCUGAUGGUUCAGCUCCACCUGAUUCUUUACCUCUACCUCCUCCUCCGCCGUUGCCACCUAAGCCUGUAACAUCAAACAUGGGUUUACAAUCGUUGCCUCCACCACCUCCUGGACCUCCACCAAGGGAACAAGUUGCUGGUCGCCCUCCCUUUAUGCUGCCUCCAUCUUUGCAGCAGUCAACUAUGAUGCACCCUCCUGGAUCCAGCGAAGGUGAAAAGGAUAGAAGUCGGCCUGCAUUUUUGGACGAUUCAACCUCCAAGGGGCCAGCACAGGUGCCGACUGCUCUCCCGCCACCUCCUCCCCCACCUGGGAUGCCUCUAAAGUCUGCAAACGAUCAUUCUGAAGGCGUAUCAGGUGAUGAGGAGACAAAUAAUUUUUCAGUGGCUAACGACGUUUCUAAACUGGUUCCUCCACCUCCACCUCCAAGACCUCCUCCAGUACCUGGGCCUUCAUUGAUACCAACCUUGCAUCCCGAUAUAUUACCCCCUGGAAUUUCUCGAUUCCCCCCACCUCCACCUCUGCCAGAUAUGCGGCCAACAUUAUCUCAACCUGGACUCCCGCUCCCACCCGGAAUGAUGGUCCCGUUAAUGGCAAGGCCUCCAUUUGGGCCUCCCCUUGGACCUCCACCCAUGAUGAGACCACCUCUUCCUCCUGGCCCUCCUCCCACUUUUCAUGAGGAUGACCAUAACCUACUUAUGCCACCUGUCCCUCAAAAGCCCUCGUAUGUUAAAUCUGCUGCGUCGACUGUUGUUAAGCGUCCACUAGCUCAGCAUACUCCAGAACUUACAGCAAUGGUUCCGGCAUCAGUGAGAGUAAGAAGAGAGAUUGCAGCACCGAAAGCGAAACCGAAGCCUUCCCCAUCAACUGCAGCAGCACCAUCCAUUCGCACAGCUUCUAUUUUAGGGAAACCGGAGUUGGUCAGCUCCUCAUCAGCCCCAAAGAAACAGUGUAUUGAUGACUCAUAUAUGGCUUUCUUGGAGGACAUGAAAGCCCUCGGCGCUCUUGAUGGAUGAGACGUUGAACCAGUUUAUAUUGGAAGAAAGGAUGAGAAACAAAUGGCUUGUACGAACUUACUUGAAUCGGUUCACUCUAUAGAUGGUCGAACUGUCUUCGAGCUCUAAAGAAACCGAACUGAGGGCAGAUUUGGGGAUCAUCAUUGCCUCUGUCUCUUCAAGGUUUGCUUUGCCGCAUCGUAUGAGGGUAGCAUAUACCAGCAUUAGUGGUACUGCUGCAUUUCUUGAUAGGGGCAUUAACUUAGGCCUUGUAUUGUGUCAUGUAGACAGUCUUAUACUUUGGAAAAAUUGGAAAUUGUUCAUCAGAUUCUAUUUCGAAUGGAUGCCAUGCUAAUUUUACCCUUACUUUCUGGGGCUUGCUACUGACGGUUGUCAAGGAAACUUGGCCUCGUUAUUUCA